ACAGAAAGCCCAGUAUCAAGACCAACUGGCAAGAAAGCGUUAUGAAGAUCAAUUGUCACAGCAGGUAGCGCUGAAAUCAUCUUGUAAAAUACCAUCUCUUUUUCAUCAUAAUUUUGAGAUUUUAAAAUUAUAGCGGAGUGUGAAUGAUGAAAAUUUAAGAAGACAAGAGGAGUCAGUGAAAAAACAAGAAGCUUUAAGAAAAAGUAUGGCAAAUAUUCAAUGUAAAAUUCUAAUGCAAGAAUGAAAGUUAACCAAUUGAGUGUCAGCGCCCUCCCCUUGACGAGUAAAAUUGUCUGGUGUUAGAGAAAGUAAAAUAAUAAAUGCAUUAGAGCACAAUGCCUAAAAUUCAGAGUCAAUCAAAUUAUGGCUUUUUGUUUAGAGACGAUUGAGUAUGAAGCGCAACUCAAGCACCAAAAUGAAAUGAAAAAGCUUGAAGCAGAAUUGAAAGGAAAGUACGUUCCCACAAAGUCACGAACAUACAUUUUGAUAAAGAUAUCUUUUGUCAUGCUUGGAAUUCUAGCAAGAACAAUUUCAUUCUGUUAUUGCUAAAUUUUAGAGCAAAGAUUGAACGUGAAAAUCGUGAUAUUCGCCUUGAACAGAUAAAAGUUGAAGCAGCAGAAAGAAGGCAAACUAUUUUGGAGUCGAUAAAGUAAGUGAGAAAAUGUAUAAACUCACAAGAGUUACGCGCAUUAACCAGAAUUGUACUCGUCAAAAAAUCAUUGCGCGUUAAAUGAAAUACACCCUUCCGGAAAGUAUAUUAUUUUGGCUACAGAGCCUCGUUUUCGUGUGUGGGACAUUAGUUAGAGCCUAAUCUGUCAAUCACGAAAGCGAGGCUCUUUAGCCAUAGUGACAUAGUGGUCUUCGCCACUGAACAGCACUAAAUACUACACUCUCCAUGUGGUUUCAUAAAUGACACUAAAAUGUAAUCAGAUUGACUGGAAAACAGCCUCCAAUGAAAACUUAUUGUGAAACAAUAAGGUAUCUUAUUGUGAAACAAUAAGGUAUAACUUUACGAAGAUGACCAACAAUGUAUCAUGAUUUAUGUGUUUAUUAGGACAGCCGGCAGUAUUUUGGGCACAGGAAUCAAUACGUUCAUAUCAGAUUGGGAUCGCGUAACUUCUGCGGCAAGUAUUGGUGCAAUUAUGUUUUCUAACUGUUCUACUAUUCCUGCAUGGGUUUCAAUCACGUGAUAUUUUAGCAUAAUUUUAACUGAGUUUAACUAAAAUUACAAAGAAACGAAAGGAAUGUCAACGCAUCUUAUGCAAAUGAUUCUCCAACUUGUAAAAGCCAAUAUAAAACAACAUAAGCAAUUUAAAAGCCGUCAUAUGAAGCCCAAGAAUAUCUGACUAGUCAUUCACAUAUUUUGGAAUGGUAAUACACUCCGCCCUAGUAUACGUCACUAAUACCAUUAUUUAUAAAGUGUUCCCUUACUAUUUUAGGCUGCGGGGAUUACACUUUUUGCCUUCGGUAUUUACGCUGCAAGACAGGGGACUGGAGUUGUAGGGAGGUAGGAAUAUUUUCACCAAGCAAGAACAAUUUGGUAAUUCUUGUAUGUAUCUCCAAUAUUUCUAUCCUUUCUAGGUAUAUAGAAGCAAGAUUAGGCAAGCCAUCAUUAAUUCGAGAAACGUCCAGAUUAACUGCUGUAGGUGCAGUAAGACAUCCGAUUUUGGUACGUUUGGCUUUUGUUAUUACGCAUUAUUCAGCUAGCUCGCUCCCCAUCGGCGCUUCGACUAAUUACACAAGUACUACGCUUACUUUUAUUACCUACUUAGCCUAGACUAUUUAUCUUUACAACAACUGAGACAUUACUUUCUUAACUUUGUUUAUCCUAACCCACCAUAACUUUCCUUGUGGGAGGAAACUGGAACAUCCGGAGAAAACUCACGAUUUUCGGCAGAGCGUCGACUGAUUCUUUUCACAUGAGUCCGUAGCGAGAAUCGAACCAAGGCGGUUGGUCUGAUGAUUGCGCCACCCGGGCCCACCCCGUACCUGCUAAAUAACGCCUUGAUACUCCCCUUGUAAAUGUGGUCAUAACAAGUUUAUGUUUCUUCUUAGAUGGUAAAGAGGUGGCUCCUCCGACCACAGGAUACGUUACAAGGGAUAAUUUUAAAGGUUGGAGUCGAGUAUUUUUUCGUUAAUAAGUAGGCUUGGGCGGUUUACCGGUUUUUCGUUUUUUUUCGGUUUUAUUUUCAAACCGGUUUUUUCGGUUUAGCUUUUACAAAAACCGGAAAACCGUCAUUACGAAAUUGUUUACUGUCAACGCCCGAAACUCGAUCCUAAUUCUCAAAACAUGACACUAAUUAAACAAAAUUACAUGACACUAGAUACAAAUUAUAUUCUUUUUCCGUAAAGUCGGUAGGAACUAAAGAGGUAUAAGUUUUCAAAUGCGUUCUUGACCCUUUUAUUUUAAAACUGAAGUCGUUUUAGGCUACCUUUACACAAUUUUGCGUUUUGUCAUGUUCUGUUCGUUUGCUUAUGUCAAAAAAAAUACCACAAUUCCUCCUCAUUCAGUUGAAAUACAAAUUAAAGGGAAAAAACCGGUUCAGUUUCCCGGUUUAGAAUCAGACGGUUUUUCGGUUUUGAUUUUAAGCAAAACCGCCCAGCCUAUAAUAAUAAGUCGGCGCAAGGUAUCUUUCAGCCCUGGAUGUAUGCCGGCUGAAAAACACUCAACAAUAUUCGCUGAACAAGUUUCACGACGAUACUAACCGAGGAAAACUUUUUAUGUUUAUUCUAGUCUUUGUUGGAAAGCAGACUUCAAGAAAUUUCUCGUGCUACUGCAAAUACCAAGCGCAAUGGCGGAGUUUAUCGUAAUUUAUUAUUCUAUGGCCCUCCAGGAACUGGGAAAACCAUGUUUGCCAAAGUAUGAUUAUGUUCUAACAAACUAUCUUAAUUAUGUUCUAAUUUGUUCUCGUACGUUCCAAUAUGUUCUGAUAAUGUUCGAUGACUAAUUCUCUCUUGUAGGGUAGGUAGUUUAGGGCUAUAAUCAUGGCAAACAUUUCGUGGACUCAGCUGAGGAAAAAUCGCGAAGUAAAAAGCACUUCUUUGUAUUUUUUUAGAGUUUGGCAAAACAUUCAGGCAUGGACUACGCGAUAAUGACAGGAGGUGACAUCGCACCAAUGGGAAGAGAGGGUGUCACGGCUAUGCAUAAAGUAUUUGACUGGGCAUCAAGCAGCAAGAAAGGUGUUCUGCUCUUUGUCGAUGAAGCUGAUGCUUUCUUGAGGAAACGAAGCACAGUAAGUGAAGUUUACUUACAGUAUUUUUCUGGUAGUCUCUCUCACAGCACAGGUGACCAUUGGAGAAUCUUAUCUACUUAUUGAAUGAAAUUUUUGCAGGAAAGUAUAAGUGAGGACAUGAGGAGCACAUUGAAUGCAUUUCUAUAUCGUACUGGAGAAGCGUCUAGAAGGUAACCACAAUCUGAAUGAUUCUCGCCACUUUAUCACCAAAAUGUCUGAUACCUGUCUUGCCCAAUCACAUCCUUGUAAGACAGCAAUUUUCGACUUCCCCUCCCCCCGUUCAAUGUUGAAAGCUUAUAAAUUGGUGAGGUGAAAUACAAUGUCACUACCAACAUUACUGUUUUGACGUUGUUUUGGGGUUUGUUUUGGGGUUUGUUUUGAGGUUGUUUUGGGUUUUGUUUUGAGUGGAUUUGGUUUGGGUUUUUUUAUGUUGUUUUGGGUUUGUUUUGAGGUUGUUUUGGGGGUUGUUUUGGGUUUUUUUGAGGUUGUUUUGGGGUUGUUUUCGAUUUAUUGUGGGGUUUUGGGUUUAUUUUGAGAUUGUUUUGGCUUGUUUUGGGGGUUGUUUUGGGUUUGUGUUUGUGUUUGAGGUUUGUGUUUGAUGUUUGUAUUUGGGGUUUGUGUUUGGGGUUUGUUUUGGGGGUUGUUUUGGAUUUGUUUGUAAUUUAAGGUACAACGAGUGGAAUUACCUCGGCAUUUUUUUGCCGAGGCAAACUAUGAAAAAUCGUAACUUGCCUCGGCAUUUGCGUCGGCAAUUGCCGAGUGCCAAGGCGAAUUUCGAGGGUUGCAUUAGACGGGGGAUACAAAGAUACCAAUAUACCCGGGUACAUUAAUAGUAAUACUUUAGUUUACAGCUAAGUGUCCACGAAAUGUUUGCCAUGAUUGUAGUCAUAAGAAGAUAGUUAGGGAGUAAGCCUUAUGUGUGUCUUCAAAGGUUUAUGCUCGUCUUGGCCAGUAACCAACCUGAUCAAUUUGAUUGGGCUAUCAAUGACCGUCUUGAUGAAAUGGUCGAAUUUGCGCUUCCUUCAACUGACGAACGUGAGAGACUGGUGCGAAAAUACUUUGAAGAAUACGUAUUGAAUGCUGCCGUUACUGGACGAAAAUCAAGGUUAGGCUAAGAUUAAUAUUGUCUCGCUGUCCUGCAGAUUACAGGGAAUGACUCACAGGCGUCCUUUAUAGCCACAAACCUGGCUAGCCAGUUUAUAGCCAUAGACGUGGCUACCUAUAAGAUAUGCUGAAAACAGGCAUCCUUUUUAGUGUUUCAAAUCUUUACAGUAUUGUGAUGAGUGGCGAAAAUUGUGACGAAAAAACUCAUUCCGUAAAGUUUAACCAAGUUCUUUGUUAUAUUAUAUAAUGUAAUUUUAAAAUUAAAACCCAUCUUUUUAGACGGCUAAAAAUUGACAAUUUUGAUUUCAACUCGAUGUGUCGGGGAAUCGCAGAGAAGACAAAAGGAUUAUCUGGACGAGAAAUAGCAAAACUUGCUGUUUCUUGGCAGGUAGGGGUUUACAAAAUUCACAAUUAUCUGGUAUUGAAAAGAAUAAGUUAAAACUAGAGCCUAGAGGACACUCGAGUAUUGUUGUAUAAAUAACUAGCAAAAAUGACGUUUUGAGUAUUUUUUGCGCACUUUGGUGAAGUAGUUAUAGGGAAUCAAUAUAAUAAACAAUGCCAUAAGAAAAAAAUUAUAUGAUAUUAUACUCUGUUAUAUUUUUAAUAAAUGUGUUGUCUCGUGAAAAAAUACCUUCUUCAAGAGGUCAUCUGUAAAAUUUACAACUGAAAGGAAAUGAGUUAAGAUAAUUUAAUAUUAUUGUUAACGCAAAUGCAACUAUGUUCAUUAAAUUAUUUUUCAAAUCAUUUAGGCGAGUGCGUUUGGUUCUGAAGAUGGACUCCUUACUGAAGCGAUGAUGGAUGAGAGACUACAAGAAGCUAUAGCACAACAUGGUCAGAAAGUGGACUGGCAGAAAGGAGAUGUUAUAUCGCCCACUAAACUUAUGAUUAAGGGUUCUAAAAGUAAUCUGAAACCAUCGGAUGAGGCUAACCUAAAUGUUAGUGGGUAGAGGAUAUAUACUACUAUAAAAUGGGUCCCGAAAAGUAAAAUGAGAAAAUAUGUUUCGGAGGCUUCUGUGUCUACGAAUGUGCCCAAAUCUCCGGCACUUUAUACUAUAGAUAGGAUUUUAUCAAAAAAAAAGUUUUUAAAUUAUAUUGCUAAUAUUUAAAUGAAAAUACACAAUUUCCCUUGAGGAAAGUGUUUAUAUUACUGAUAUUUAAAUGAAAAUACACAAUUUCCCUUGAGGAAAGUGUUUGAGAUCUUGGCUAUAUUGGUUUAAAUCCCUUUAUCUUGUCACAGGUGACACAUUUACGAAACCAUGUAGUUAUAUAGCAGUGAAUAUUAAAUCCUGUUUAUAAUUUUGUAAUAAGCAACAAGGUAAAGGGCUGCAAAGCCAACGUCUCAAACACAGAAACGAGGCUUUAUAGUCUUGGCUAAGAGUAAGCUUUCCGGAAGGGUGUAUUAUGGAAAUACCAUCUGAUUGGGUUCUGUUAUUUUUCAAAAUAGAAUGAAACUAUGAUUCACGAAAAAAUGUUCGAAUCUUCAAAGUUGUUUUAUGGCUAUACCUCCCACCCUAAUCUGCAGGCCCGUGUGACCUACGAACAGGUUGACCGUGUGAUUUCAGCCGGGGAUUGGGGAUAGUUGCUGAACACUUCAAUAUUUCGCUUUUAUAGACUAAAACAUUUCUGAAUCCUAUUUAAUAUCGG